AUGGAACCUCGUGUGACCACAAAACACGGUAUCCAGAAUAAGAGAUUGUGCCGCGUCUGGCGGAGAGGGCGGCACACCCCAAAGCGAAAACACUCUUGGUGGCGUGGGCUAUCCGAUGGUAGCAAAACGUUGGGUCCGGUUAUAUUUGAAGAACUGUCCGAACACGCGUUUGAGCUCAGCUGUGUUUUUACACUUUUGGGAACAUUUUGUGAUCUAGUGUUCGAUGCAGACCCAUGUGUCGUAGAAGUUAACGUCCAACCAGAUGCAAAUAAGAAUGAAGCCAGGGCAUUCUGGAUCUUCCCCACAGCUACAGAUGUAAACGAUAACCCAGCUGCAGUGUCAUGCGAUCAGCCCAACGGAGGUAUAUUCAGUGGAGGGAAGACAACUGUAACCUGCACUGCCACAGAUGUGACUGACCAAACAGAAACGUGUUCUUUUGAUGUAAAAGUGUAUCCUACAUUUAGCACAGGCUGUCCAAACAAUACGAUAUUAGAGACGGGAGGUACUUGGGGCUUCAACACACCCAUUGCUGUUGGCUCCGAUGACACCAAUCCUGAAGUGACUUGCAAGCCCCCGACUGGAUCAACGUUUACCGAUCCCGCUACUGAAGUAACGUGUACUGCAAUGGAUUCUCUUUUGAUUGAUCAGCAAGUCUCUUGCGUCUUCACAGUAUCAGUCGGUUCAAUUCCAACAUUCAACACUCCUGGUUCCUGUGACGCUCCUGGUAUCAUUAACGUACAGCCGGAUACAGGAAAAAACACAGCUUCUGGUAUUACUUGGAUCAAGCCAGCAUCAACUGACUCCACUGUGUCCUGUGAACCAGACCCUGAUACGGCAGCAUUUCCAGGGGGUGUUACUAAUGUAACUUGUACAGCAACAAAUGAUGUAACCCCAACUCUCUUCAGUGCUUGUGAAUUCGCUGUGCAUGUUUAUCCUACGCUAUUAGCAUGCCCGGCUGAUAUCAUAAUUCCGGCAGCAGCACCUCAAGAUUUUGAAGCACCUACUGCGAACGCUGACUCAAAUGAAGCACCAAAAGUAGCGACUUGUGACCCGGUUUCUGGAACAAAUUUUUCUAUCCCUUCUACUGUCGUUAAUUGUAAGGCUACAGAUUCAGUUUUCACUGGUCAGGAAGCGUCUUGUUCAUUCACGAUAAGCGUAGGAGCAAAACCAGUAUUCGAUGCACCAGGUUCAUGUGUCGCUCCAUUUAUCAUUGAUGUGUCACCGGAUGACGACAAAACUACAGCCUCUGGCUUUACCUGGGAUAAGCCAUCCGCAACUGGAGCCACUGUGAGCUGUGAGCCUGACCCUGACUCUGCAAUAUUUCAAGGGGGUGACACCAAUGUGACCUGUACAGCAACGGAUGACACCACCCCAACACUCAUUGAAACUUGUGAACUUACUGUUCGAGUCUUUCCAGCCUUUGAAGACAACGAGUGUGUCAGUGACUUAAUAAGGCAACCAGGUGUUGGUGGAAUAAGUGCCAAGGUUGCCUGGCUUCUCCCUAAGGCCACACUCAAGAACGGGGAUCCAGCAACUGUGGCUUGCAUUCCAGAAUCUGGGAGUUCCUUCAGCGGUUUGGAAACAGACGUGGUCUGCACGGCUUCAGAAGCUGAUGUCGAUGUGUCCACGUGUUCAUUUAAAGUCAGCAUUCAGCCAAGUUUCAUCCAGGGCUGCCCCGAAGAUACGCUUGUAGUUGCAGACAGUAAUGGAGAACAAGUGGUACCCUGGGAACCACCUACAGGGAAUACUGACAGCACCGGGGAACCAGCCAACGUCACGUGCAACUAUGCCGGUUGGACUUUCAACCAAACUGAAACUUUGGUGAAGUGUGUGGCAACGGAUGCUUUGAGCUCCCUCACAGCCGAGUGUUCAUUCAAAGUGAUUCUAGAUUCCACGGCACCAAGUUUUACUGAUGGCUGUCCCAAUGAUGUCUCCAUUAAUGUCACCUCGACUGGCUCAAACAUGGCUGCUCAUACCUGGGAGAUGCCAGAGGCCACUGAUGAUUACACUCCCCCAACACAAAUCAAAGUGUCAUGUGUUCCAGCCAGUAACUCAACGUUCCUCUUCGGGGAAACUACAGUAUUGUGUUUUGCCAUUGAUUCCGUGGGCAAUACUGGAUCUUGUAGCUUCACUGUUAGUGUAAUAGGCACAGUAGAAUGUACUCCUGAAUGCAAUGCCACAUCCUCAACGUGCACGCUAAGCAAUAAAGGAGAGUCUGAGUGCAUCUGCAACGAGGGAUACACACCGAGUGACGAUCAAUGUACAAAUAAAGACGAGUGUAAGGUUGACCAGCCAUGUCAUGCUAUGGCAGACUGUCUGGACCUCGAACCACCUGAGAUGUUCAAUUGCUCAUGCAAGGAGGGGUACUUCGGUGAUGGAAUGUACUCUUGCAGCUCAGCUCCUGUCGUAUUUCCAGACCUAGACUCCACAGAAAACUUGGAGAAGGUUUUUAAUGUUGAGAUAGCCAUUGCUGAUUCUUCAGUGGGUGCAUGUGAGCCCUAUGUUGACACUGAAUCUGUUGAAUGCAUCGCUCUCGUCAGAACCUUCAUAAUUCAAGUAACGCCCCUUUAUCAGCAAGUGUCCGUCGACAGUUUUAUACGGAUUGAUGUCAACCAAACAAGUAUAAGAUGCUGUAGAAAUGGCAGUGUCAUCAUACCGCACAACGUCAUAUAUAACUUCUCCUACGAGGGCAUCAGGGGUAUGAGUGUAGAUGAGUUUUACGACAAAUCGAUAAAGGCUGCCGUUGAAUCUGGAAGGAUGGGAAGCUUAACCGUUGUGGUUAAUUGUACAACUUGUCAAGUUACUAAGGAUCACACAGACGUUUGUGCCGGAGCACAAUGUGGCGAAGGAUAUACACUGGUAAAUGACACCAUUGGAAAAUGCAUUCCCACUUGUGUUUCUGUCUGUACUUCCAAUUCUGAAUAUUGCAAUGAAGGCACAUGCACCCACGAGGUUGGGAAACCCGUAGUAUGUAGUAAUUGCCCAGCAGAGACUACAGAGGAAACCUGCGAACCAAUACCGCAACAAGAUCUAGCCCUCAUCAUAGGAUUGUCAGUUGGCCUUGGUGUCCCUGCCCUCUGUAUUAUCAUCGGAAUCAUCGUAUACUGCGUGUACAGCAACGGCAAGAAAUCAAAGGUCAACAUGAGUGGAGAUGGUGGAAGCUCUAAUGAUGCCAUGGCUAUGGAAAAUGCAGGGGUUGCAACCUGAGUUUGUUGUUAAGGGUAAGUUUAUCAGAGUGCGGUUUGCUUCAUUCUAUGUCUAUACUUUCUUAACCAGAGUAGACUUUUACUCUAAGUUAACGGCUUUUUCGUGAUGGGUUUCUUAAAUUCAAUGUCAAAGGCACAGGAGUUUUUGGUGAGGAGUUAAACGUCAUUAAUUUUGUUUAGCUUUUGUUAGCGAUAUUAUUGUUAUUAUGUUAAUAUUCUCAGUGGUUUGAUUUAAAUAUACAAAACUCUUUGAAUUGUAAUAUUUGAGGUGUUUCAUAUUAAGUUUGUUCUCCCAAGGUUUAAUUAACAUUUCAAUAAAAGCAUGUACAAAAAAAGUAAAAGGAGAACAAAGUAUAUUUUAUGCUGCUGAUUUGUUCGAGUGAGGUGUUUUUUACUAUUACGUAUUUUCUGAAGUAAUGGUUGGAAAGAACAGAUUGAAUUUAUUUUGAUGAAAUUUUGUUUUCAUUUAUGGAAUCAUCCUUCUAAGAGACCUCUCAUCAGUUACACAGCCAUCGCAAAGAAAUAAGAGUUGGUAUGCGCCCACACAGAUUUUAUGGUGCAGGCUCUGUUCUGGCCUGUGGCGUCAGGGUACUGACAAAGGUGCUCCCCACUAAGGGAUAACAGAGUGUCUGCCCAAUAUUUUGUAGGCCCUAAAAGUCUUAGACAUUAUUAUUUGAGAGUCCUUUAAAGGCAGUGGACACUAUUGGUAAUAUUACUCAAAACAAUUAUUAGCAUGAAACCUUACUUGCUAA